AUGCCCCCGUAUAGAAUGGAUAGAAGGUCUGCUAGAAUAAAAGCAGAGUUAGAAAGAUAUGGUUGGAGAGUUUCAAAGAAGUUUAAAUAUAGGAAGGGAAGACCCAUAAAAGUCUAUGACAAAUUGUCUGGUCUUCGCUAUGAAAUGGACUUAGAAACAGCACGCGCAAAUUAUCCAAACAGAUUAGAGAGGUUAGAAGAAGAACGUCUUAUGGACAUGCCUUUCGAUGUUAGUGAGCCUCAAGUUGAAGGACACGAACGGCUUUGCCAGAUUCUACUGGAAAACAUGACGAACAAUUGCAUCCUUUGA